AGAAACUGUCUUCCCAACUCCGAGCCGCACUGGCGGAUAAUUCGCCGGCUGCUCCAAUAUCACCGGCUCCAUCUGGCUCGGCCUUGUCACUCGAUGAGUCGUCUGGAAUUUCAGACCGCGAUGUACAUUCUUCUCAGGAACAAACGGCACAUCUCUCCGAAGUCGAUGUAAAAUCGAUUCAUUCAUCGGAUAGCGAAGAUGAACCAGCGCAAAAUCCCUUACCAGAAGUUCCUGCAAAUUGUGGCCCUCCGACGAUACCUCUAAAUGUUCUAUUAGACUUUGCAAUUCAACAUGUUUACCACGAGAUCACAGUUCUUGCGGAAUUGAUGCAGCGGAAGACAAAUGAUCAAGGAGAGCAGGAGCGGAAAAUGUCUCUUGUACAUUUUGCACACGCUACUCGCAGUCAAUUUUUGAAACUUGUAGCAUUAGUAAAAUGGAUACGGAUUUCGAAGCGAAUGGAUGUUUGUUAUUCUAUCGACUACCUUCUCGAUCUCCAAUCACAAUAUUUCAUCGACACGGCCGAUCGAUUAGUCGCAAUGACUAGGGGAGAUCUCGAAUUAGCUCGUCUUCCAGAAUACCAUAUUGCGCCAGCUAUUGAUGUUCUUGUAUUAGGAACGUAUAAUCGAAUGCCAUCGAAAAUCAAAGAAGCUUUCAUUCCUCCAGCAAAGAUCACACCGAGAGAACAGAAACUCGUCACUUCCCGAUUAAAUCAGCUCAUUGAAAGUCGGCUUUCUCGACUUUCAAGCGGAAUCCCACCAAAUAUAAAAGAAAUUCACAUCAACAAUGGACUUGCAACUUUACUGGUUCCUGGAGAGUUUGAAAUCAAGAUUACAUUGCUCGGUGAAACAGAAAUGACAAAGUGGACUCUAUUGAAUAUCAAAAUUCUCGUGGAAGACUACGAACUUGGAAUGGGACUUCCUCUUGUACAUCCAUUACAGCUUAAUCAGCUUCAUGGAGUACUGCAAUCUCGGAUGAAUGUUUCCUUAAAUCCUAUUAAAGAAGCUUUCUCCUUUUUGCACAGUUUCUGUGUUUCACUACAAUUGGAUGUUUUGUUUUGUCAAACUUCAAGAUUGGCAGCUGGAAGGUUACGUGAUAACAUUACAAUCGAAAAGUAUGACCCAAAAGAACGAGUUUUGGUAGUUGGAUACUGGGUUAAAAGAUCGAAGAGUCGAAGAUUAACUGUAGGACAAGUCAAAUGUGAUGCACAAUACAGAGUUCAGAUCUAUGAAGAUCCAAAUGACAAGCUAGGUGGACUUAAAGUUCGUCAUUUCCCUCAUGCUCCUCAGCUCGGACGACUUGAUUCUGGAGCUGGAAUGUUGUCAAUUGAUCGACUAUUAUCAGAAACAUAUGUGGUCAGAUGUAAGGAACGAUUGAUGCGGUUGAGAAGAAUCCUUGAAGCUGCUGAACCAAGAUUAGAAGUGAAGAUGACUGGAAUCUCUGCACCGUCACUUUCUCUUGCUCUCCUACCGGAUACCUCUUCAAAGGAUGAAAUGAUGACGGUAUCUGUGAAUUCAUUCUGUGGAAAAGUGCUCUGCAACGUUCACAUUCUCAGUGCUGAACACGAAGAUGUCCUGGCUUUUGGAAAAGCUCUCUACAGUAGUCAAUGUUCAGCGCACACAAUUCAAAUGUAUCUUAGAAAACUUCGUGUCGCCCUCGUGAUAGAACGAUAUCGACGAUCAGUGAAAGCUCUUCCAGUUCGUGAAGUUCAAGAAGCUGAGCUUCUUCCAUUUGCAAAGGAAUGUCUUGGUGAUGCUCCUGCCCAACGAAUUAUUCUUCAGUUCCUUCGAUCUGAAGACUAUUAUCUGCUUGUCACAUUCUCUCCCGAUGAAAAAGCAGUUGUUAAGACUCACAUUCAACUUUUGGAAGUUGUUGGAGACCGAGCUCAGUUCAUUCAGUUGGAGGAUGAUGAGAUGAAUGGAAUGCAUGUAAAAGAAGCGAUUAAUCAAGGAACGAUGCGUUUCUCGCCAUCUCAUAAAACAUCACUUCAAGAAGAGUGUUCGAGAGAGCAGAGACUUGCAUUUGCAGUGGCUACUGUAGAAGAUCGGAUCACGUACAUGUAUCUGGCGGCUGAAUUAAUGAAAAAGGGAAUUGGAGUUGAUGUGAGAAAAGAUUCAGCACACGUUCCAGGAGGGCUUGCUCUACAUAUCACGGAUGUGAAAAAUGUUGUUCCAUUCGAGGCAAGCGAAUUCUUUGAAUGUUGUAUCAGAUGCUGCCUUCGUCUCGAUAAUCGAAAUCGCUACACAUUCCAAUUCGAAAUGUGCUUUGAAAAUAUUCCAUUGGUUCGAGACGUACCGCAUGGUCUCCCACAUCGUCGGGAUGGUGAACCGGAUGCCACGUGGCUGCAGGAGCUCAAUCAUAUCAAUCAAUCUUCGCCAGAAAAGCUAGUUGAAUUAAUCAUCCAUAGAUUGAUGCGAUAUCUGUACAUGUACAAAGUUGUCCAUCAAUUCUCGUUGGCAUAUGAAAAACAUUUCAAAAAUUAUUGUAAUAUUGAAGCGUAUACAUUCCAUAAAUUGGUGGUUUCUUAUGGUGACAAUAGAGAUAUGCUGAUGAUCCUUGCAUUUAAUGUAAAGUCCCAAGCUCCUGGAUCCUCUGAAGAUUUCUUCUUCUUAAAUUUUGGUCAAUCAAUGCCGCAUCGUCAAUUCAAUUCGACAGAAAUCGAUUGGCAUCAGAAGCCACGUUGGAAUCCACAUUCAAUGAUGUCACAAUUGAUGAGAGAUGAUCUGAAAGAAACGAAUGAUCUUGUAUUCACUAUGCACUUUUUAUGCGAAACAAUUCGUCCACUCGUCGCUAUCGGAAAUUUCAGUCGAAUUCGUUUUCAAUCUCAGAAAUCACUUUCACAGCUUAUUGGACCAGAUGUACAUUUCCCAUUCCGAUUGAAAUAUCAUUUAUAUGCUCUCGAUCAGACGACUUUGCGGUUAAUGCAAGGAAAUGUAAUUCUUGAAAUUAAAUUGCUCGAAGGCUGUAAAAUUGCGGUGCGGGACGUUUCAAGAUACCGUCCAAGAUGUGCAGGCCUUUUCCAGUUGUUCUCGAAUAUUGAUAGUGAAACAACGGCAAUCAUGAAUGACGAAAUCGCAAUUCCACAAUCUGAUAAUCCACAAACUGCUGGACCAACAAUGUGGACUCCAGAGCAAUUUAUGGAUUCUUUAGAUGAACGACCCGAAGAAAUUGAUCCACGAAUGGCUAUUACAUCGCAACCGAUUCUUAUGUCACAUGAUACAAUCAUCAAAGCGUGUGAUUUCAAGGAUACUGAAGGAAGAAUAACGUGCCCACUGGAUGAAUAUCUAUGCUCAAUAUCAUACCUUCAAAGAGCUCUACUCACAUUGGAACGAAUGUCACCGAGAGCGACUUUGAAUAAAAACUCAUCAAGCAAUCUUUCGUGCGGAUUUGUAACGAUUAUUGAUGCGAAACCGGACUUUAUCAGAUUCCGUGCCUCACAAAUGAAUGGAGAUGGUGUUAAUGCGACGAGUAUGGUUCACUACAAAAUAUAUCUUUGUCCAGUGGCAAUGACGUUGAAGAUUCGAAUUGAAUUUGAAGAAGGAACGAACAGCGCAGCAACUGCGGAUAACCUCAAAACAUUGACUACAUACUUUGAGAAGGUUGUAUUCCCUUGCGGCGACGAAUAUGCACUUCAAUCGUACAUCUGUUUGACCCGUUUGACAUCAUUCGAAGCCACUCAAAGCAUCGCAAAUCUAAUGAAUGUUCAAAUGGAGCAUCCACCCACGUCGAAAUGCUGUGUUCAACUAUCUCUCACUUAUAACAACACAUCGACCAAGAAGCUGGCGCCGGCGACGAAAGUGGAUCAACCAUUGCAGAAUAUUAUUUUCAAUGUUAUCGUCAGUCAAAGUCGUACUUCAGAAUCAUUUAGUGUUCUUCGAUUUAUCUAUAGAAUUAAAGAAAACUUUGUGGUUGUUCCAUCAGCUAAUGAAAAGAACAAACAAAUGGCAGAUGAAGUAAACGCUGAAACAAAGACUUCUGGGGGAAAUCCAAUUUGGAAUCUGGUGCGUCUCGUUAUGGAUCGAUUCAACUCGGGCGACUGGAAUCCUGGAAACCGAGAUGAACCUAUCAUUUCGAGUGUUGCUCCGCCGACAUACGUUAACCCUGGAUCAGUAGCUGGACCGAGCUCGGUGGCCGCGCCCGGAUCAGUUUCAAUACAACAACCUGGAUCAGUUCUGCAACCAGGUUCAAUGAUGGGUCCUCAAUCUGUAAAUGCUCUUCAAUAUGGGAUGCAUCGGCAACCAAUGGGUGGUCCACAAUCAAUGCAAAUGAAUCCAUCAAGCGUCGGACAACCUGGCAGUGUAGGAGGUCCUGGAAGCCAUCAACAGCACAUGAUGAAUCCGGGAAGCGUCGGACCUGGAAGCGUUGGUGGACCAGGAAGUGUGAAUCCUGGAAGUGUAGGAUAUCCACAAUGGAAUCCACCAUCAGUUGGCCAAUCAUAUCAUCAUCCUCUCCACCAUCAGCAAUAUCCACCUCAAUAAUUGACACUGAAAUUCUGUAAAUUACACACAACACUCGGGUUAUUCUGACUCUUUUUUUUUACCGGAGAUGAAUAUCGAAUAUCUCCAUUUUCUUUCCUCGUAUUACUUAAAGUUAACUUAUUUUCUCAUUUCAUACUUUUUAUUUAUUUUUGUAAUAAAACUCAGUUUAAAUCAAAACAUAA